AGCAUGCAAUGGGCGUGAAUCUAUUGUAACGAUAAAAUUCGAUAUUGAUUGAAAAAUUGUGAACUUGUUAUCAUGCGAAAAUGAAUGAGAAUUUGCUAAGACGGAUAAAAAACCAAUUAAACGCAAAAUUUUAUGUAAUGAAUGACGCAUGGCUAAGAGAUUGCGUCGAAUUCUUUAUUAGGGACAAAAUUUCUCAUGAAAUGACAGAUAAGCAUAUUUUCGAAUUUGUAGAGGGCCAAUGGCAAUUGAGUGAUUUACGGGAAAUCAACAAUGAAAAUGGAUGUUUGCCAAGGAAUUUAACUCAGCAGACACACAUUGUAUUGACUGGUAUCUAUAUCCUCCAGGUAGACAAGAUGUACGAUAUAAUGAGCUCCAAAUAUAAGCAGCUUUGUGAAAUUCGUAAAAUCGACAAUCAGAACUUGGAAGUAAAGGAAGAAGAGCAGCUGAUGGAGUGGCAACCCAAAGGUAGAAGAAUGAUGCAACUUUAUUUAACUGAUGGAGUACAAGAUGUCACUGCGAUAGAGUAUACUUCACUUAAACAAAUAACUGAUAUAUUACUUCCUGGCUAUAAAGUAAUGAUAAUUGGCCCGAUCCACUGUAGGCGUGGUGUUAUUCUCCUAGAAGAUGGCAAGUACAAGGAAAUUGGCGGAGAAGUGGAAACUUUGUUGAAAUCCAACGCGCUAGAAAAUGUCUUGGCAAGAGCUUUAGGAGAACCUGAAAACCCUGAUCCAUAUAAUGAUAAUGGAUUAUCCAGGAUCAUGAAUCAGAAUGUUCAAAACACAGCAUCUAAUUCUAACAACAAUGACAGUUUUUUCGAUGAUGAUUUUGAAGAAGCUAUUGACUUAGAAGCAGUGACAGCAAUCGAACAACGAAGCCAAGAAAAUAAUGCCGUUCAAGAAAAUUUUAGAAAUACGUGUGAUCGCAAACAAGUAGAUAGGAAAGAAACGAAUGAAAUUAUGCAAACCUUGGAAGAUAUAGACUUUGAACCUUUAGAAGAUUGGUUCAAUAAUUCCCCAACAAGAUCUUCACAGAUAUCGCCGUCACAAAUGGAGACUAAGAAAAUUGCUAAGGAUGAUAGAACGACAGUUGAACAAACAACUUCAGUACUCAAUUUUCACAGCAAAUUAUCGCUUUCUAUGAAGUCUAUUCAGAAUCAAAAUUUUUCAGAAUUUCCUGAUGAUGAUUUUGACUUAGAUGAUUACGACAUCAUAAUUAAGACAAAGAAAUCACAGAGUCAACAAGAUGAAAAUCCUUUAAUGAGUAAAACCAAAACAUGUCUCUCGUUAGAACCACCUAUGAAAGUGACAAAUCAUAAUGCUCUAAUAGAAAUUAAGAAAAGUACAUCCAUGAAAGUGGCACAAAACGAGAAAUCAGUGGUAAACACUUCGAGAGUAAUACAGCAAAUAUCUGAGACUAAAAUUAUUUCUGAUUUUAUCAAGCCUCAACCAGCUCCCAAAGUCUGCGAUGUCUUGCGCGAUGUCUUACGCGAGCCUAUUACGGAAAAAAUAUACAAGACAGUGAGAGGUCAGGUGAAGAACCAUUCGACGUUAACGAAACAGGGUAAAUGCUGGUCGGUAACAGCAUUGAUCACGGAUUACACUUCCAGUGUAGAAGUUUGUUUCGAUUCUAAAGUUCUGGAAGGUUUUCUCGGAUUUACCGUACAAGAAUUUUUGCAGAAAAAGAAAUUUGCCAAGUUAGAUCCUCAAGUAAAUAGCGAACUACGAUUGAGUCUACGCAAAGCACAACAUGAGAUUCAGAAUUUGGAUGCAUUGUUGAAAUUGGAAUUGGUUCAAGGUCAAAUGCCCAAAAUCGUUGGUAUCACGCAGUUGACUACACAACAAAAGGAAGACCUUUCGAAAAGAUCUGCAUGAAAUAUAUCUGAUAUAACGGGCGUUUCCUCAAGUCAUCGAUAAUCAUGGAUUCUUGGUAUCUCGGAUCUCAGGCUUUCACGAAAUUUUCGGAUCUUUAUGAAUCCUUCAAACUCGCAAUGCUCUCUCACUGUCUCCCGACUUCUCUACAGAAUGAUGAGCUUUCGAGGAAUUAGUUUUCGAGGAUGUUCGACGAGCGUCGUUAUGUCCGAGUCUUCCUCGGCCGGGACGAUUUUCUGCAGUUCAAUAGUACAUGAGAGGCGCAGAUCGAUCACCAAGACGGCGGCGAUGUCCUUGAGAUCAUUGGAUCGCUUCUAUCGAUCGCAAAUAUCGCCGUAUAUGAAUCGCGUGGGAACUCUCACGGUUGCUGCCUUCAGUAUCAUGUUAAAAUGUGUAUUUUAUAUUAUUGUAUAUGUGUAUACGGUAUGUAUAUGUACGUAUUUGUAUUAUGUGUGUAUGUGUGUGUGUGGGAUCAGUCCGCGCACACGUAUACUAAUAGAUAUCGAUGGAACUGCCAGAGAUGAGAAAAGCAGAACUCUAACGGAAAUUUACCUACAUAAUCUCGUCGUCUCAACAAUACGGCGCUUCCGACAAUUAAUGUGGCGUGUACAUGAGUGUAUGUUUUCUGCGUGUACGUGUAUUACGAAAGAUGGUUUUAGGUGGUUUACCAAAAGGUAUAACCGCCCUCCGUUCCUCCUCCCAGGAACGAGCCCUUCUUUUGCGAGAGAGCCACACUAUGGCCGGCCAUCGC